AUGAGCAGAAACACCAAAGUUUCGGGCCGAUCGGCUCAUCACAGUGAAACAGUCAUCGACAGAGUAAGUUACGGUACACCUAAAUAAUAUGUCUGAGUUUCUACUUACUUUUGUGGCUAAAUGUGCUUUAAAAACAAUUUAUUUGCAUUUUAGACGAUCUUUUGUUUUCAGGCACAAUUUUUGAUUGAUGUAAACAAAUUUUUUGUUUUCAGAUUGUUGAAGCGACUAAAUGUACAGUUGAACAGGCAGAGAUUGCUCUGUACGAUUCGAACAACGACGUGCAGGAAGCUGUCAAUAAGAUCCUUGAAAGCAGUAACUUGGACACAUGGGUUCAACAGAGGAGCAAGAAGGACAAGAAGAAGGCCGAGGAAGAGAAGAAACUACAGAUUCGUAAUGGACGUAAGUUUGACUUUUUAAAGGUUUUGCUUGUUACUACGCAAUGCUUAGCGAUUGAUUAUUUUUAGGUAAUAAAUUUUCGUAUUUCAGAAUUCAAACGAGGGCCGCGUCCCCAGAAUGGCAAUUCAGAUGCUCCAAAACCCACAAAAUUCAGCAGAGAAAUCGCCAAAGGCGUCGAGAACAAGCCCUUUGCGCAACGUAAGCCUAGGCUUCAAGGUGACAGAUCCUUCAAAAGCAAGAAAGAUGAUAACGACGACAGCUGGGUGAGUCAUACUAUUUUUUGUUGCUUUUUAGGGGUUUUGUCAUUUGGAUUGUUCUGGUUUAAAUUGUCUUUGUUUAGAAAGUUGGUCCCAGAGUAUUUGAAAGAACAGAUGCUGAACCAGCAUCUCAGCCGGUUCCGGAAGUUGUACAACAACCACCACCAUCACAGCCUGCUUGCGCAGCUGGUCCAAUGAGUUUUGCCGCCGUAGCAGCUCGCGGGAACAAAAAAGAAACACCAAAGGUUGUUGAACAGCAGAAGCCAAUUGAUGUUGAAGAGUAAGUGGCCGUUUUUACUUUUAGCGGUUGAUUUUUUUUUGUUUUUUACAAGAAACCUAUUAACUGCGUAUUUUAGGUACAGAACACCGUCUCCGGCGGCCGAGCCUGAACCCGUGCAAUCUCCAGCCAAAUCUAUCACAGCAGAAUCUCUCAAGUCUCCGGCGAAGCCGCAGAAGCCUUUCUCUCCAAAUCCACCAACUCCAGUGUCACAGGAUUCCGUUAAGGAAAGUCUGACCGACCAGUUGAAGAAUGAUCUUGGAUUGGGAUCGUCGCACGGUUCUAAAGACGCUGUUACUCCUAAGUACGAAUGCGCUUCUGAGGUUCCUCAAGCUGACGUUGUUUUCGAUUUUGCUGGAAAUGAUUUGGCCAGAGAAAAUUCUAAUGUCGAUAUUCAAAGACAGCCAGAGCCAGUGGCAAAGACACAAGAGGUAUAUUACUUUACUUUUAAUGGAAUUUAUAUAAUUUAAUAAUAUUUUUACGAAAAUUAUUUGACAAUUUUGUUUUCAGCCUGCUGUUCCUGCAUCCCUCGGGGAUUGCGCAGCACACAGAGUUGCCCAAAACAUUAUCAAUCAGUACAACCACUCUCCAGCACAAACUCGUCAACCACAGCAGUCGAACGCUUCCCGUGUUUCCAAUCUUUCUUUCUCGGAGACUAGCACUAUGAACUAUCCCCAGACUCAAGAUGUUCGUGCCAAUGGUGCUCAACCAUCUCCAGUCAAGCCACAGACUACUCAAUCUCAAUCCGGUUCCUCGCUUACUCAAAGCAACAUUCCAGCGUCGCAGACUAGCCAGUCGAAUCAGAGCCACCAACAGCAACAACAACAAUAUAUGCCUCCGGUGCCGCAGAUUCCUUAUCCAAACUUCGGUUACAUGGGAAUGUACAAUCCCGUAAGUUUUGUCGUUUUAAUGCGUAUUCUGUUUUUAGUAUCAAUAUACUCCACUUGGCCAGAUGGACUUCAAUCCUCUUGGUCUGAUGCCAGCUCUGACUGUUACAUCGGCCGGCCCUAUGCCAGCAGUUCAGAGCCACCACCAGCAGAACCAGCAACAGCCUGGUCACCAGAGGAGCGACUACUACUCCGAUGUCAAGUACCCGUUGAACACUAACUCUCAGAACAAUGGUAAUGGUUCUCAAGCUCAGAACACCUCGCUAAACCAAAGCCAGCAGAGACAGCCCAUGCUGGACAACAACUCGCAGAGUAUGAACGCUAACAGCCAGCUAGGCCCUCCACCUGGCUUUGCUCCCGCAGUGAACAAUCUUUCCGGAUCCCAGUUUGUUCCACAACAGAAUCCGCUCAACAACAUGUUUACGGUGCGUUUUUUAAAACUAAUAUAUAUUCUAUUAUAUAGUUAAAAUGGCAUAUUCGUUUACUUUUUAUCUGUAUACUUAUUGUUUGUUUUGUUUUAGCAGUUCCAAGUUCCAUUCCCCCAGAUGCAGUACUCGUACAUGAUCAACCAUCAGAAGAUGCCGCCUCCACCGGUCUUCCAACAGCAAUCUGUUGACGACCAAGACAGCCGGCUCAAUCAGCAGCAGAAGGCUUACAACCAGCCGGAGAAGUACGGACAAUCGAAUGGGAACAAGGAUCGUCCCGUUGGACAGCCCACUCAGAGUCAGUUGAGCAGCUACGUUCCUGGCAGCUACAACGGGGCCAACCAGCUUCUGGGCAACAAGAAGUCCAACUAUCACGCAUGGAACUCAUAA